AUGUCUACACUCUCUCCAUUAAUAACAACAUUGAUUGCUGUAGCAGCAGAAUUGUGUCGUUCUGUAUCAAUAAUCAUAUUUAUUUUUGGACAAAUUGGUAAUAUUCUGACUAUAAUGGUAUUUACACAGAAAUCAUUGAGAACAAAUACAUGUUCUCUGUAUAUUUUAGCCUCAUCCGUCUCUAAUAUUGUAGCAUUAACAUUUGGUAUGUUAUUUAUUAUUUUAAUAAACGGUUAUGGAAUUACUCUAACAGCACGAGCACCUAUUCUAUGUAAAAUUCAACCAUAUCUUUUUUAUGUAUCAUACUUUCUAUCAUCAUGGUUUAUUAUGUUAGCUUGCAUUGAUCGUUAUUAUUCCAGUCACAGAUCAGCUGAACGUCGACAAUUUAGUCGUCCAUUAAUAGCUUAUCGUUUAAUUAUUUUUACAACAAUUGUAUCUUUUUUAGUCCAUAUACAUUUAAUAAUAUAUAUGGAUUUUGUUAAAAACAAAUGUGCAUCAACAUCAUAUUAUUAUUCAUUAUUUGUAUAUUCUUAUUAUAUGGCGGUAUAUGCAGUUAUGACACCUGUUAUUUACAUUAUAUUUGGAAUAUUAACAAUUCGAAAUGUAAAUCAAUCUCGUCGUGCGAUUGUACCAAGACAAUAUUCACGACAACGAGCAAUCAAUACACAAAUCAUAUAUAUGUUAAUAAUACAAGUUAUUUCAUUUAUAUGUUUAACCGCACCAUAUGCCAUAUUUGACUUGUAUAUUGGAUUAACAUAUCAACGUGUUAAAAGUUUAGAACGGUUGGUUAUUGAAGCAUUCAUUCAAUCAGUAUUGCUUUUAUGGUCACUUAUUAAUAGUGGUAUCAAUUUUUAUAUAUACACAUUAGCAGGAACAAUAUUUAGAAAAGAAUUAACCAAAAUAAUUAAUAAAAUUUUAACUUUUAUUCAUAUGAAACGUCAUUUUACAAGAACAGUAACACCAAUUAAUGCAUUUUAUCUGAAACCAAAAAUAUAG